AAGCUUAUAACGGAGAGGUACGAUCAUUUCUUGAGUGUGCAGCAGCCACUAGCAGUAUUCUGAUCAAAUGCAAAACAACAAAAUAGUGAAGUUUCAGUCACCUGAACAAUACUUCAAAGCAAUAUGUACUGCUGAACCCCAUCAUGCGAUUGCUAUUGGUGUAAUGAUACUUAAACAGCAAGCAAACACAGUAGCAGGAGUACUUCAAGAUAACAACCCGAAAAAAUUGUAAAUUUCACACCAUAGCAAUUUCAUAAUUGCAAAACUUAUGUCAAAUUAGAAGUUGUACACGCGAGAGAUAUUUUUACUUUUGGACUUGUAAUUGCCAUAAAUUGGUUAUCAUGCAGCUUCGAAAUAACAUAAAACACCUAUAUCAAAGCCCAACCCUUCUCAAGCGCAUGGAUAAUUUUUUAUAUCAAUGCCACUUUCUCGAAGAAUAUUCCAUCCGCAUAUUUUCAAUCUUGCGUGAUAUGUCACAUCAUGUCAAAGGUUUUCUAUAAUGCUACUCUUUCCUUUUUUUCAUAUGAUUCCAACGUAAGUAUAUGAAUCACCCGUGUAGUCUUAACUGGAAACGACAAGAGACACAUGCUACAAUGGAUGAUAUCAUAGGACUGCAAGGUUCAGGUUGUCAAGGUUUUAUCAAAGAUAUGAGUUUAAUUUUCUUUCUUUGAAUGAAUGGUAAAUGAAGUAGUUACUCGUAUGGUUCAAGUUUAAAUGAACAGCAGGCCAAUGUUUCGACAAUCUAAAAAAGGAUUUUAGAAAGGAAAAGGUAAGUGAAUAUUUGUAUUCAUCCAUUACAGCUUAAAUUGUCUUAUCACUCGAAUUUCGAUUUGAAAGCCUAGUUACGGCUUAGGUUCACUCCUCCGAUUCCCUUUACCGUCAAAUGUGGGUACUGUGGUCUCCUGACCUUUUUAUUUCAGAUAUUGUUUGAUGGCCCGACAAGGAGGGCAUAAUCACAAUGAUGCAGCAUUACUGAACAAGUCUGAGCCAGAACCAAGCUGACGAGCGCUGUGGUAUAGGGAACGAGGUAGCACUCUCCUCACUAGAUCGAUACAGCUCCAACAUGCGUUAUGCUGCCAAUAGAUGCACAGGUUCCAAACAGCUGCUUCUUCAAAUUAAACAGAGCUGACGGUAAAACAGCACGUGGCUUCAAGUGGCUUGACAUCUUGAUGACAGGAUCCUGUGAUAAUGUUCUGGUAUUAUUUCCUAGUGUUUGACUGGGACUUUCUGAAUGUUGUAAGGAUUUAACAUAACUUUGAUACAGUUCACGAGCGCCGCUUGAAUAGCGAUUUCGAAGAAGGACAGCCAGGUGAAAAGUGAUUAACAAUUCAACUGGGACUCGCAGUGAGGUGUUGAACUGCAUCUCAAGAAGGUAAGAAACCCUAUUUGAACUAGUAACUGUUAAAUGGGAGGAUGAUUCUUUAGAUUAACUGUUUAAGGCUGAAGUUUUGUCAUCACCGACUGUUAUUAUUUGAGUGAGUGCUUUAGUGACAAUACGCCGGCUGGUGACCAGAUGGUAGGAGGUUCAGGCUCGCAUGGCUUUGUUUUACUAAUAUUGCUGGCAGUUGUCGAGAGGGGACACGAUUUCUAAGGAAUUAAAAACCCGUAGCGCACAAUCGUGUUGUGACAGAUUUCACAUCGUGCAACUCCAUCUGAUGGUUUAUAGGAUUAGAACCUGCCUUGUCUCCAGCAAUACGGCCAGCUAGUGGAUAGUUCUGAUGGUCUCUUCAUGUUUUAUACUACAGACCUAACAUGAGUACAUUUGGAUUAAGCUAUAACCACGGUGCACCAAUCGUCAUACUCGUUCUUCUGAUGGUGAAUCACUGGAAAAGAUACCCAUGUGCUCAAGCAGUCGAAAGUCCGUCCGUUGAAAAAAUGUUGACAUUUUUAGAUGACGAAGAAUACGACAAGUACAUCCCUCCUGAUCGAAUUAAUGAAAGACCAACUAAAGUUUGGACAAUGGUUUACAUAAACAGCAUCAGCUCCGUGGAUGAAAUAGCCAUGGAUAUGGAAGUGGACUUAUUUUUACAACAAUGGUGGACAGAUCAAAGGCUUAUCAAUCUGGACAUGCAGGUGGCUAACCCGACCUUCAACGUAGAGGUUGAAGGUGAACUAAAACGUCGUUUAUGGCGGCCUGAUCUUUUCUUUCUCAAUUCAAAGUAUGCCUUUUAUCACACAAUCACCAAGAAAAACUCGGCAAUGCACGUGAUAACGCUGACAGGAGAUAUUUAUGCAACAGAAAGGAUAUCAGUGAAGCUCCACUGUCCGAUGAAACUUUAUCUAUUCCCAAUGGACACACAGAAGUGUAGAAUAAUAAUGACCAGUUAUGCCAUGCGUACAGAUGACGUCAUAUUUCAGUGGCACCGAAAUGGCGACGGCGUGGCGAUAAAUGAAGAGAUGACAUUGCCCAAGUUUGAGAUCGUCGAGGAAGCAGUGGAGUUAAAAUGCGUGAGAAAAUAUAGAACAGGGAACUUCACGUGCCUGACCUUCAGCCUGACAUUGGCCAGAAAAUACGGUUACUACAUCAUCCAAGUGUACAUACCUUCCAUGCUGGUUGUAAUCAUCUCCUGGGUCUCCUUCUUCCUAAGCCCAGACGCAGUUGCUGCUCGUACCUCCCUCGGCGUGGUCACGGUUCUCACAGUAACCACACAAAAUGCCAACGUCAACGAUAGUACGCCGAAGGUAUCUUAUGUCAAAGCCAUUGACGUUUGGCAUGCCGCUUGCCUUUUGUUUGUGUUUGCGGCUUUGCUGGAGUUUGCAGUGGCUAAUUCACUCAGGAGGAAGCAGUUGCGGAGAAAACAAAUCCAGGAGCGUUUAAAAAUGGGUACGCCUGGCCGGGAAGGCUCCCAUCAAGCAGGUGGGGAGAUAGAACUAGACACGGUCUACAGGACAAGUAAAAACUCUUACACUCCGGUGGAUAGCAAUGCUAGCUCAACGUCAAAGCGAGGCUUGAAGAAGAACGCUAAUAAAAAUAAGAAAAGGUCUAUGUGCUCAUGCCUUGGUCGGGUUUUCUGCUUUCCAAGUCGAACGAAAGCCAAACACGUCGACUAUGUUUCCAGGAUCGCAUUUCCUUCUUUGUUUGUGCUUUUCAAUGCUGUGUAUUGGACUAUUUACCAGCACCCAACGUUUAGAAAAUACUUGGAUGCUCAGCACUGAUGAUUGAACGAUACUUGAUUUGAGUUUUCACCACAGUUGGGCUGUAAGCGACCCAAUCAAUGCCUUACUGUGUUGAAUCCUUCCAGACAGCUAUUGAGGUUUACUGGAGAAGAUACUGUUGCAUUAAGUCAGAACAAAGUGAAGGCAGGAAAAGCCACACAACUUCCGCUCGGUUCACCGCAUCCGUGCAAAAUGUAUGUCUGAUAUACUAAUAGUGCGGAUAAAACUCCCUUGUCUGGGUGACUGUUUAUGUGUAUAUGCAGAGAACGACCAUGUGCAUUAUAUCUAGCUUGAAUUGAGUGUUCAGAACUGCUCUAACAUCGGUGAAACAAGAGUUUGUACAUGCGUACUUGGUAAUCUACUAUUUCAUGACUUUUCCAGUUAACGCGACACGGAUCAAAGUGUUUUCUUCAUUUACUUGCUUGUUUUAGUGGUUAUAUCCUGCAUCUUGAGAGGCUCUACUUCGAAAGGUACUCACCACAAUAUUGCAUGAAAAUGUUCACGAUGACUCUAAUAAUGUCUAAUUAAAAUCCACACGUCUUUUUAAAAUCCUUAAAGUUGGGGACGUUUUUUUAUUGCCGCCCGAUACAUGAAGGUUUUGAUACGUCGGCGGGAAGUGUUGAGUUUUUUUGUGUUAUAUAUAAAUUAUUCCAAUCGGUAAUUAUUACGAAUAUAUUGUAUAAGAUUGCGGCGUUUUAUAUUGUUGAUAUUGUACAUAAGCAAAUCAUAAUGCAUGUAACUCGUGAUAUGGCGUGUUUUAAUAUAAUGUGCCUAAUUGUCAUAACUGUGUCUAAUCUACAUGGACAGGCGGUGUUAAAUGAGAAAUAGGUUGCUAAACCACCCAACCAGUCAUGUAGUGGAUCGUUUCUGUGUGUACUGAUGCCUUAUAUCUCGCAUGUCUCAUUUGGAGGGCGGAUCUUGUAAAUAUAUACAUAGAUAAAACUGUAUCUGUAUAUGAUUAUGAAAUUCCUAUUUCAUAGUCAUGACCUUUCAUAAUAUUCUGUACAGGGUUAAGGUACUCCGUCACUGUCUUUACUUUAGUCGUCGUGGAAUCAUAGGUUUGUAUCGUCACUACACUCCCAUGGGGAGGUGGAAACAAGAACUAUGUUUGACACACAAAUAUACCUCCCACCUCCACAAAGGGAGACAGUAGAUCAAAAGAAACCGGCAUGCUCGUGUGUCUCUGCGAGCUGUGAAUGUGUCUCCUGUGAAUGUGUUCUGUCAGCUUGAUCGAAAGACAAUCCCGAAGAUCUUGCCAAGUGUGUAUGAGGUGAGCAUGUUCGCCUGUUGCUGAGAAAGAUGGCUUCCUCUGAACGUUUCGACUUUCUAUAUAACCCUUGCUUAAGACGUUAUUUGUUGAUUGUAUACAUGUAUUAGGAUAAGAAGACUCGUUAAGGCAAGCCACAUGCCUGCAGGACAUUGAUUGUUGUUGCCCAAUCUUAUGAAUGUAGCUCAGAUUUCGCAAAAUUCACAUUAUUGUAGUGUAUGUGUUUGAAGAGUGCUUUAAAGCAAAAGUAUAUUUGGUGUGUGAUAAGACUGUGCGUCGAUGUCGUGAAAGUGAGUGACUGAUACGUGUGGAAUCGGUUGCAGAUUGUUUGCAGUUACUCUGUGCGGACAAUGAAUGUCAUGCAAUGACUGGAGGAAUAUUUGCUGAUGACCGGCUUGAUUGAUUCUGCUCCGCAGAUAGGGCACUGGUGAUUGGUGGAUGGUGGGAAAAAUUGAUGCGGAUAACAGGUUGACUGCGCAGAUAUGGAUGUUUGACCGAUGAGUGAGGGAAAACUGAUGUCCUAUCAGCAUGCGUUGUGUGCUGUUCGUUAUUGUCAUUAUUGCCUGAGUGAAAAUCUUGGCUUUCCUCAAAACAGAGGUAGAUUUCCCUAAAUUUGUAAUGUUCAUGUCGAUCACAAAGAACUUCUUCCCAGAUCGGUUUUUUCCACUGGUUCGUUACACCAUCACUCAAUGUCAAUAUAUUCUGUUCGCCUAUGGCAACAGAGAACACUGAACCUUAUCAAAGGCGGCUUUUCCAUGUCAUGCGGAGGAAGGUGUGUCCGCUGAGCGUUGUUCCGCUGCAUUUGGAAGUGUGUAUUUCAGAUGUGUAUUAUGGCAUUUUUCGUGUGUGCUUCAGAAUUUGAGUCGGUGAUGAUGAUCUAGGCCUACAGGAUCAGUCACAGCAGGGAUAGGGUAUACUAAAACAUUAAAUGUAUUCCCAUGUCUGUGAUUUAAUUCCAUCACAACAUGAAGAGUAUAGUUCCAUCACAACGUUAAGUCUUUAUGUGGCCUGGUGUGCGACAAUCUUGUUCAAUGCGUGAUUGAGGAAUUUAGUGUUGCAUGCGUUAGAGUGGGUGAUAUGGAUUCGACGGCAGAGCAGGAAACCGACGGCACCACCACCCGGCCCCCACCCGACCUUGUACGGAUUGAGACUUUCAGACUUUAGGGAGCACAACGAAGCGGGCACAUGUAGGAAGAUUAGAGAUGACACCGAACUUGUUUUGAGCUAAAGCAAUGCUUGUUUCCAUCUCCUUUUGCUACUGUAUAUAAAGUGACGCUGUACAUUUGCCACUCAAUUAUUUGUUAAUUAAAUGUUUGUGAUUAUUGUA